AUGGAGAGACACAACCUCACAGUGGUGACAGAAUUCAUCCUGAUGGGCAUCACUGACCACCCUGAGCUGCAGGCCCCAUUAUUUGGAUUGUUCCUCAUUGUCUAUCUGAUCUCACUGGUGGGCAACUUGGGAAUGAUCAUCCUCACGAUGAUAGAUUCAAGGCUGCAAUCACCCAUGUACUUUUUUCUCAAACACCUGGCUAUUACAGAUCUUUGUUAUUCAACAGCUGUGGGACCCAAAAUGUUAUCAAGUUUUGUUGUAGAUAAAAACACAAUAUCUUUCUAUUUUUGUGCUGUACAGUUGAGUUUCUUUAUUGUAUUCAUUGUUAGUGAAUUUUUUAUUCUGUCUGCGAUGUCCUAUGACCGCUAUGUGGCCAUCUGUAAACCACUCCUCUACACUGUCUUCAUGUCACAAAGAGUGUGUUGGGCGCUAGUCACCAUUCCCUAUCUCUAUGGCAUAUUUGUGUCUCUUCUCCUUACCAUAAAGAUUUUCUCUUUGUCCUUCUGUGGCUACAAUGUCAUCAGUCAUUUCUACUGUGACGGUCUCCCCUUGUUAUCUUUGGCUUGUUCAAAUACAUAUGAAAUCGAAGUGAUAACUAUAAUUUUAUCUGUUUUUAAUUUGAUGUCCUCUCUCCUGAUUGUCCUUGUGUCCUACCUGCUCAUCCUCAUCGCCAUUCUCAGAAUGAACUCUGCUGAGGGCAGGCGCAAGGCUUUCUCCACCUGUGGGUCCCACCUCACAGUGGUCAUCAUCUUCUAUGGGACUUUGAUAUUUAUGUAUGUGCAGCCAAAAUCUAGUCACUCCUUUGACACAGAUAAAGUGGUUUCUGUCUUUUAUACUCUGAUUAUCCCCAUGUUGAAUCCCUUGAUCUAUAGCUUGAGGAACAAAGAUGUGAAAUGUGCCCUUAGAAAGACAAGAGAAAAAUUAUGGAGUAUCUUCUCCUAG